AUGCCCACAAAUGGCAAUAGAGCCCUGAAGCUCCAGUUUGGGCUGAUUAACUAUGAGAACCGCUACCUGACGGCAGAAGCAUUUGGAUUCAAAGUGAACGCUUCAGCUCCAAGUCUCAAGAAGAAGCAGAUCUGGACACUUGAGCAAGAUGAGAAGGAUGGCCAGGUAGUGUACCUACGCAGCCACCUGGGCCGCUACCUGGCCUCUGACAAAGAUGGCAAGGUGAGCUGUGAGGCUGAGACACGAGACAACGACUGCAGGUUCUUAAUAGUAGCUCAGUCAGAUGGUCGCUGGGCCUUGCAGUCUGAGCCACACCUGCGGUUCUUUGGAGGGUCAGAGGACUACCUGUCCUGCUUUGCUCAGACCAUUGGUGAGGCAGAGCUAUGGGCUAUGCACCUGGCCCUUCACCCACAAGCAAACUUGCUAAGCGUAGCCCGCAAGCGCUAUGCCCACCUGUCUGCACCUGAGGGUGAAAUAGCUGUGGACAGCAACAUUCCAUGGGGUGUUGAUGCUCUUCUAACUCUGGUUUAUGUGGAUGGCAAAUACUGCCUAAAGACCAGCGACAGCCGUUUCUUAAGUAAUGAUGGGAAACUGUCAUUUGAAAAUGGCCGUGGAACAGGAUAUACACUGGAACUGAAAUCUGGCAAAUUAGCCUUCAAGGACUGUGAGGGAAAGUACUUGAGCCCCAUGGGACCAACAGGCACCCUACGUUCAGGACGCUGCUCCAAACCAGGCAAGGAUGAGUUGUUUGAUCUGGAGGAAAGCCAUCCACAGGUGGUGUUUCAGGCCGCCAAUAACAGAUUUGUCUCAAUCCGACAAGGAGUGAGUAUCUCUGCGAAUCAGGAUGAUGAAACAGACAUGGAGACGUUUCAAAUGGAGAUUGACAAAGACAGCAAAAAGUGUAAGUUCAGGACAAAUGAAGGCAACUACUGGACGCUUGUAGCUCAUGGAGGCAUCCAGUCCACAGCCACAGAAGUAGGUGCCAACACCAUGUUUGACAUUGUAUGGCUUGGACAAAGGGUGGCGCUACGAGCCAGCAAUGGAAAAUAUGUUUGCACCAAGAAGAAUGGACAGCUGGCUGCAGUCAGCGACUCAAUAGGUGAGUGCUGGUGUUUACAGAAAUUAACCUGUAGAAGAUCUGCUUGGUCUGUUAGUCUGAUUGAUAUAACUUUGAAUUUUACAGGGGAGGAUGAGCAACUGAUUCUGAAGUUGAUCAACAGGCCCAUCCUAAUCUUACGAGGGGAGAAUGGCUAUGUGUGCCACCACAAGAACUCUAACACACUGGACGCCAACCGCUCAGUUUAUGACAUCUUCACAUUACAGUUCAGUGAUGGGGCAUAUCAUAUUAAAGGUGCAGGAGGAAAGUUCUGGUAUGUGUCCAGCAAUGGCAUGGUGUGUUCUGAUGGAGAUACACCUGAAGACUUCUGCUUUGAGUUCUUAGAACACGGCCGAAUUGGAAUAAGGGGCAAGAAUGGCAAGUAUCUGCGUGGAGACCAAGGGGGCACGCUGAAAUGCGAUGGAGCGAAUGCAGAUAGCUCAUCUCUCUGGGAAUAUUGACACCUAGUGGACAUUUUGGAACCUUUCAUUCUCCUGCCACCUGAAACUUUUGGACUUACUGUGGGAGAAGAAGGGGAUGUGGUAUGUUUGAGGAUGGAUGUUUGGAAAUCAAGCACAAAAUGUGUGGAUAAAAUAUAGAUGUUUCCCUUUUCAGUCAACAUUACGUUUUUGUGUUGAUAUUCUGAGUAACCAUAGGCUAAGGGCUACUAUCACAA